AUGCACCACGGGUUCGUUACGCCCGUCCCGCUGCACUACGUCCGGAAUCACGGCGCCGUCCCCAACGCCGACUGGGGCACGUGGACGGUCGAGAUCACCGGCCUGGUGAAGCGCCCGGUCCAGCUCACCAUGGACGAGCUGGUCCGCGACUUCGCCUCGGUCGAGAUCCCGGUCACCUUGGUGUGCGCCGGCAACCGGCGGAAGGAACAGAACAUGGUGCGCCAGACCAUCGGCUUCAACUGGGGCCCCGCGGCCGUGUCCACGACGGUGUGGCGCGGUGCUCGGCUCAGGGACGUCCUCCGCCAGUGCGGCGUCAUGGGCCGCAAGGACGGGGCCCUUUUCGUUUGCUUCGAAGGGGCGGAGGAACUCCCCAGCGACAGCAGCGGCUCCAAGUACGGCACGAGCCUCCGGCGCGAGGUGGCCAUGGACCCGUCGCGCGACGUCAUGCUUGCCUAUAUGCAGAACGACGAGCCGCUGUUGCCGGACCACGGCUUCCCUGUGCGCGUCAUCAUCCCGGGCUUCAUCGGCGGCCGCAUGGUGAAGUGGCUCAAGCGCAUCAUCGUCACGCCGCAGGAGUCCCACAACUACUACCACUACAAAGACAACCGCGUCCUCCCGUCCCACGUCGACGCCGACCUCGCCAACGCGGAAGCCUGGUGGUACAAGCCGGAGUACAUCAUCAACGAGUUGAACAUCAACUCAGUGAUCACGACACCGGAUCAUGACGAGAUGCUUCCCAUCAACGCGUUCACAACUCAGAGACCGUAUACUAUGAAGGGCUACGCCUAUUCCGGCGGCGGGCGGAAGGUGACACGCGUCGAGAUCACACUCGAUGGCGGUGAGACGUGGCUGGUGUGCGAGCUCGACCACCCGGAGAAGCCCAACAAGUAUGGCAGGUAUUGGUGCUGGUGCUUCUGGUCCCUGGAAGUGGAGGUCUUGAAUCUGCUCGGUGCCAAGGAAGUCGCCGUCCGCGCAUGGGACGAGUCCCUCAACACCCAGCCCGAGAAACUCAUUUGGAACGUCAUGGGGAUGAUGAACAACUGCUGGUUCAAGGUGAAGAUGAAGGUGUGCCGCCCGCACAAGGGCGAGAUUGGGCUUGUGUUCAAGCACCCGACGCAGCCGGGGAACCAGUCCGGCGGGUGGAUGGCGCGGCAGAAGCACCUGGAGACGUCGGAGGCGGCGUCCCUGAAGAAGAGCACCUCCGCCCCCUUCAUGAACACCGCGACCAAGCAGUACACCAUGUCGGAGGUCCACAAGCAUGCGUCGAGCCACUCCGCCUGGAUCGUCGUGCACGGCCACGUCUACGACUGCACCGCCUUCGUCAAGGACCACCCCGGCGGCCCCGACAGCAUUCUCAUCAACGCCGGCUGCGACUGCACCGAGGAGUUCGACGCCAUCCACUCCGACAAGGCCAAGGCCCUCCUCGACACCUACCGAAUCGGCGAGCUCAUCCCUUCGGGUUACGUCUCCGACACCUCCCUUCACGGCUCGGGCAACUUUUCCCACCUGGCCAGCAUCAUAGAGAUCUCACGUUCCCCGGCUCUCAUGAACCCCAGUGAGAGGGUACAGUGCAAGCUUGUGGCCAAGAAGACCGUAUCGCACGACGUUCGACUCUUCCGCUUCGCUCUCCCCUCGGCGGACCAAGUGCUGGGCCUCCCGGUCGGCAAGCACAUCUUCCUCUGCGCCACCAUCGACGGCAAGCUAUGCAUGCGCCCUUACACGCCAACAAGCCCCGUCGACGAGAUCGGCCACUUCGAGCUCCUGAUCAAGGUCUACUUCAAGGGCGAGAACCCCAAGUUUCCCAACGGUGGCCUCAUGUCGCAGCACUUGGAAUCCCUGCCCAUGGGCUCCACUCUCGACGUCAAGGGCCCGCUGGGUCACAUCGAGUACGCCGGCCGCGGCAACUUCCUCGUCGACGGGAAGCAUAGGUUAGCGAGGAGGCUCGCCAUGAUCGCCGGCGGGACCGGGAUCACGCCGGUGUACCAGGUGAUCCAGGCGGUUCUACGGGAACCGGAGGACCGCACCGAGAUGCACCUGGUGUACGCCAACAGGUCUGAGGACGACAUACUGCUGCGGGACGAGCUCGACGGCUCCGCACGGGAGCACCCGGAGCAGCUCAAGGUCUGGUACGUGAUCGACGAGGCCAAGCGGCGCGACGAGUGGCGGUACAGCACGGGGUUUGUCACGGAGGGCAUACUUAGGGAGCACAUUCCCAUGGGCGGCUGCGACGACGCGCUCGCACUCGCCUGCGGGCCCCCGCCGAUGAUCCAGUUUGCGGUGGUGCCCAAUCUGGAGAAGAUGAAGUACGACACAGCCACCUCACUGCUACUGUUCUAAGACCGCCACCACCGCUGCCUACAGUGCAAUGUUCCUUAAGGAUGAAGUUGAUGAACCAGAGCGCUGUUUCACGCAGAAAAAUAUUAGUACCUGUGGUCGGAAUAUUUGAAGCCUGAGAUCGAUGCUGAUGAUUCCCAAUGUCAUCUGAAUGCCGAAAGGAAAUAACUCUUCUGCUCGACUGCUUCGGCUGGUCUAUACGUCGUCAUUUACUAGCAGUUCCCACAGAUUUGGAGGUCGGUGAGAAAGAACACUGUUUGAGACAGGGGCCAAUGGCUAUAUGAUGGAGUACAAGUUACAGACAAAGAAUGAUUGUGACGAUCGCCGCUGUCUAUUAUAUGGUAGUGACAAACCAUCUCACUAUUUUGUGUUCAACAUAGCGAUAAGUUCAAAGGAUUUUAUCUAAAAUCCUUAUUAUUACCAAUUAUAGGAUGGAAAUAAAGAAUG